UGUCCGAAGGGUGAGCAGCUAAAAAAGGUGUGAAGCUAAAGUGAAAAUUAUUUUUGAUGACGUACGCCUGUGAAAGUUACCCCGUGGUGCGUGUCGCAUGAACAGGUAGCCCUGUUAGCGGCGCGCCGCCUUAUUGGUCGCGCGUAAUGUUCUGCCGCGUCACGCUGCGUCAUGCUCCGUCCAACAGCUUCUAGCCGCGCACGCUGCUCCCCCCCCUGAUUAGCACACCACCCCGCUGUUAGCAAAAUGAGAUACAGGCUCUUCCCCCCCCUGACCUUUUUAAUGUACCUGAGAAAAUUGCAUGUGUAUUAUUCCCCUGUGCGAAGCGAGAAGGCGGACGUUGCGAGACGACUGAUUGUCUAUGCGUCCUCCCAAAGAAUAAAACAAAAGUACCCCCUAUUGACCGUAACAUGGGAACUCCUAGCCUAUGAAAACCCACCCAUGAUAGAAGUAGAGUACUUAAAUGGAGAAAAGGAGAAAAUAAACAUAGAAUACUUCAGCGACAGGCAGAAGAAAGAAAUUGUGGACAAGUGGAAGUACACAGCGGCACUGGACCCCUUUCCAGAGGUGCUGGCCCCCACGCUGGAGAAGCCGAAAGAGGACCUCUAAAGCUUCGCAAAUGCGGCUCACCAAACGGCUCACCAAACAAUUUUCCCCUUUUCGAAGUAAAAAAAAAAAAAUAGGGACGCUGUUUCCCAAUUUUUAUUAAAUUUUUUUUCCUAACGCGACGCGCAAAGCGUGUU